UCAAUGGGUGACCCAGGUCGCCCUAUUUGUCAGCACCACUAGUGCGGGCUGGUAAAGUGGUGAUCAAAAAACUCAAGUCACAUGGAAUAUGAGAUCACGUUGCCUCACCUCGUGAUCAUAGUCACUAAUGAGCUUCCUGCUUCCAGGUCGUCACUCCUGAGCUUCCAGUUUCAGCUCCCCACGCCUGCUCGAUUGGAAGCCGGCAUAUACAUGCACAACAGACUUGGCCGCGAUGGCUUCAGGCCGCCUAGAUCGGUCGUGCGUGAGGGCGGACAUGAACAUAAAACAUCACUCCUCAUCCUCAAGGUCAAACACCGUGCUAACAAGACUCCCAACCCAGUUCGUCAACCGAACACCGAGGGGGGAAAGCAGUUGAAGACUUCAACAGUGUUGGGUCGUGAAGCUGCCGAAACAAGAUCAAAUUUCAAUGGCAGUGAAAGUGAGGUGAACCUCAAGCAGAAAGGAGCUUCCAAAAGUUUUAUGGUUGAGUGUGAAAUGGUGAGAAAUAUUCAACAUCAAAAUUUAGUCAAGACUAUAACUAUUUGCUCAAGUAUAGACUUCCAACGGAGUGAUUUCAAGGCUUUAGUCUACAAACUCAUGAAAAAUGGAAGCUUAGAGGAGUGGUUGCGUCCAGAUGAAGACCAAGCUUGUGAGCAUAGUUUAACCUCAUUCAAAGACUUCAUAUAGCAAUUGAAGUGGCUUUUGCAAUUGAAUAUCUUCUUGACCACUGCCAACCAUCCAUUGUUCAUAGAGACCUUAAGCCAAGCAAUGUUUUACUUGAUGAGGACCUCGUUGCUCACGUGGGAGAUAUUGAUCUUGCAAGAUUUCUAUCCAUUUCUUGUCAACAAAGUAGUUCCAUUGGUGCAAAAGGGACUAUUGGCUACAUAGCUCUGGGUAACUGUUUUAGUUAUUGUUGUUUAUUUCAAUCUUUUUUAUUUUUUCUUUGUAUUGGCAUUUAUAGUUAUACCAGCCUUUUUCUUACUAAGAUGGUAAAUCAACAAUUAAUAUCACU